GCUCGCAGGGACGGGAUGUGGACCACGCUGGGGAUGCCCACCAGGAGAGCCACCCUGGUCCCAAUGAGACCCCCGCUGCUGCCGCUGCUCGUCCUGUGGGUGCCGCGGCUCCUGGGAACCCUGGCAGAGGGCGAGGGAUGCAACCGGACAGCAUGGGCAGGGUUGGAGGGACAGGAUACACCCAGUGAUAGAGGGACCUUCCUGAACCUCAGUGUGAGUGACCACGGCCGGUCGGACUCCCUCCUUCUGUCCUGGGAUGAGCCGAAGGAAGGUGCCAAGGGAUAUUCGCUUGCCCUCUCCUCCCUGGGGUCACGCACACCGCUGCAGAAUGAAUCUGCUGGACCCAACAUCACCAGCUUCUGGUUCCACGGGCUGACCCCUGGCACGCGCUAUGAGAUUGAGGUGACAGCCACGCUUGCCUGCACGGAGAUCACCAGCCAGACAGUCACAGCACAGACAAGUCCUUCACCCGUCCGCAACCUGAGCUUGAGCAGCGGUGGGAGCUCUGCCAUGCUGCACGCCUCCUGGGCACACGCCCCCGGGCAGCGAGAUGGCUACCACCUUGCCCUCUACCACAGCGACUCCCAGACGCUCGUGAGAAAUGCGUCCGUUCUGGCAAACGCCUCCACCUUCCUGUUUGACGGGUUGCUGGCUGGCAGCGAGUAUGCCUUGAAGGUCAGCACGCUGGUCGGAUCCAGCCAGGCGAGCACCAGUAUCCACCAGUGGACAGCUCCCUCCAUCCCCACCCAGCUGAGGCUCAGCCCGGGCUCCAGCACCAGCCUCGUCGCCUCCUGGGUGGGUGCUGGGGGGGCAGCAUGGCUGCACCUCGCACUCCACAACCUCCUCACCCAGACGGUGACCACCACCCUAUCAGCCAGGAGGGGCCUCACCAGCUACACCUUCCAGCAUCUCCACCCCGGCACCCAGUACUGGUUGGGGCUGAGUGCCAUGGCAGGGCCCUACACCAUGGUGGGGCCCAAUGCCACCGCUUGGACAUACCCCCUGAGCCCUGGCAACGUGACCCUGAGCACUGCGGAGGAGCAGAACUCCUUGCAAGCUCGCUGGAGCACCGCGGCGGGAGAGAGGGACUGCUAUCUGGUGACGCUGCAGGAGGGAGAGGAUGGUGCACCGACGAGGAACAUCUCCGUUGACGGAGACAACAAUCAUGUCACCUUCCACGGGCUGAGCCCUGGGAAGCAAUACUCUGUCCAGGUGACGGCGGUGGCUGGGUCUUACCGGGCAUCAGCCCGCAGCACGGCAGCCUGGACACAGCCGCUAGCACCAUCUGGUGUGAGUCUGUCCAGCCAGGGGAGCCCCUACAGCCUACUAGCCAGCUGGGAGGAGGCAAUGGGCGAGGGCUACGUGCUGGCCCUCAGCCCCAUGGAGCACCCCGUGAAGAACAGCUCGCUGCUCCGAGGUGUCACCAACUUCACCUACAACGGCCUCCGCCCUGGGACUCUCUACACCUUUGAGGUCAGCACCGUGGCUGGCCCCUACAUAUCCUCACCCCGGCGCAUCACCAACUGGACAUAUCCUUUGCCCCUGGAGGAGCUGACCCUCAGCAAUCAGGGCCACAGCACCUCUCUGCAAGCCUUCUGGAACGCAGCUCCCACUGGCAGCACCGGAUACACGGGCACCCUCUGGGAAACCAAGUUCCAGAAGCGGGUCAGGAACAUGACUUUGGGGAACAACUGGAUGAAUGUCACCUUCGAGGACCUCGUCCCUGGGAGGCAGUAUACACUGGAGAUGGCUGCUAUGGCUGGACCUUACAGAUCCCCUGUGCGAUCAGCCACAGACUGGACAUACCCCCUGGCUCCAGCUGGUGUGACCCUGACCAACACACGACGCCCACUGGGACUCGCCGCCUUUUGGGACAAGGCUGCUGGCGAUGUGGACCAGUUCCACCUCCAGCUCUACAGCAAGAGCCAUCCAGUGCAGAGGAACAUCUCAGUGGGGCCAAACGCCCACAACUUCACUUUUCUGGGGCUGUCCCCUGGCAUUCAGUACUUCCUGAAGGUGACCGUCCUCGCUGGCCCAUACAGAUCCUCGUCACACUUUGCCACUGAGUGGACAUAUCCACUGUCUCUGGCUAACGUGAGUGUACAGCCUGGCCGGAGACCUCAGGAGCUACACGUGAGCUGGGUGGAGUCAGGCGGUGGCAGAGACCACUUGGUACAGCUCUCGGUAGCUGAGUCCCUGUCCAUCAUAAGGAAUGUGUCUGUCCCUCGUGGAGUCACCCAGCUUGACCUGGAGGGGCUGGUGCCAGGGUCCCGAUACCGUGUGGAGAUCAUUUCUCAGGCUGGGCCUCAUCGCACCUCCUCUCAGACUGCCAUCGGCUACACUGUCCCGCUACCUCCUCUUUCCCUGUCAGCAAGCCCUGUCCGUACUGCCCAGGCUCUGGCUGUGCACUGGGAGACCUCUCCUGGGCAGAGGGAUGGAUACUUGCUCAGCGUGCACGAGGAAGGUUCUUCUGCACCAGCGAGGAACCUGGAAGCAGGGAAAGACAGCACCAAUGUCACCCUAACACAGCUGGAACCAGGAACUUGCUACCUUGUUGGGAUCUGGGCAGUAGCUGGACCCUACCGCUCCCUCCCCAAGAACAUCACCAGCUGCACAGUUCCUGCUGCACCGACAAACUUGAGCCUUAUCAACCCUGGCAGCUCCUCAGAGCUUUACACGUGCUGGAGCAAGCCCCCUGGCAGGAGGGAUCACUACCGUGUUAUUCUGUAUAGCCUCAGCACCCAGAGUAGGGAUCGGGUCCAGACUUUGAGUCCCGAUGCCCAGAACAUCACCUGGACUCACCUGGAGGCGGGCAGCAGGUUUGCUGUGCAGGUCACUGCUGUGAAAGGCUCGCUCAAAGCCUCCUCCACCAAUGUCACCCAAUGGACACAUCCCUUGGCCCCUGCCAACCUCACCCUGGGCAGCCCCUCUGCCUCUGCGCUGCAGGCCUCCUGGGCAGCAACGGGGCGAGGAGCAGAAGGCUAUGUGGUGGAUGUCUAUGACACAGCCUCCCGCAGUCGUGUUGGGCGCGUGGUGCUGAGUGGGGAUGCCAGGAGUCACACCUUCCGAAACCUGAGCCCCGGCACCCGCUACAGCGUGGCAGUGAGGGCCACAGCUGGGCCUUUCCACACCAGCAGCCCCAACUUCACCCACUGCACACGCCCACUGCCCCCGGCCGCCGUGCACUGGCUGAGCACGGGGCACCGUGACAGGCUGAGCGCGUCCUGGGGAGCCGCGGCCGGGGGGCGAGACAGCUACACACUGACCCUGUACCACGUGCGGCUGGGCACCGUGGUAGCUACAGUCUCACUCAGGAGAGACACCCACAACUUCACCUUCUUGGGCCUGACCCCAGGAUAUGAGUACUCCCUGGAGGCCAGUGCCACAGCUGGACCAUACCACGCAGCGGCACCCAACAUCAGUGCCUGGACACGCCCGCUGCCCCCAGCCACUGUGCGCUUGCUGAGCACGGGGCACCCCAACAGGCUGAGCGCAUCCUGGGGAGCUGCGGCUGGGGGGCGAGAUGGCUACACACUAACCCUGUACCACGCGCGGCUGGGCACCGUGGCAGCUGCGACCUCGCUUGGAGGAGACAGCCACAACUUCACCUUCACGGGACUGGCCCCAGGAAGCAAGUACGUGCUGGAGGCGGUGUCCAUGGCGGGGUCCUACCAGACACCUGCAGGGAAUGUUAGCAACUGGACGUAUCCCCUGGCACCCCGUAACGUGUACAUGACAAAUCAGGGGUAUCCCAACAGGCUGAGUGUGUCCUGGCGAGCCGAACCCCAAGGACAAGACAGUUACAGGCUUCUCCUGUACCAUUCGGGAUCAGGUAUUGUGGCAGCCAAUGUAUCUGUUGGGAAAGGCACCAGCAAAUUCACCUUUUCUGGCCUAGCUCCAGGACAUAAAUACCUGCUGGAAGUGGUGUCCACAGCAGGGCCCUACGCAGCCUCCGCAGGGAACAUCAGCGACUGGACAACCCCCGCAGUUCCCAAAAAUCUCUCUGCGGUGGCUGAAGGGAACAACACGAUGCUCAUCUCCUGGGGCAGUGUCUCUGGACAGCAGGACGAGUGCCAGCUGUGGCUGCGGGAUCCCAGGAACAGCACACUGCCCUGGCGGCACACUCUCGGCAGAGGGCAAGUCCAGCACGUCCUCCAGGGGCUGAUCCCAGGGAGGAACUACUCUGUCUCCUUGAGCUGCGUGGCCGGGCCCUACUGGAGCAGCACCAAACCCUUGGCAGUGGCGAUGGAGCCAAACCCGGUGGAGGAUGUGCAAUGCCUACCAGAGUCAAGGAGCCUUUACUUGAACUGGACCAGCUCUCCUGGAGAUGUGGAGGCUUAUGAGGUGGUGACAGAGAGACUCUCUGAUGGACUUCCCACCUCCAAGUAUGUCACGAGCACCCCUACGAGCGAGGCCAGUCUGGAGGGGCUGGGGCCAAACUCGUCGUACCGAAUCAUUGUGAGCACAGUGGGCAUGAACACAAUGAGGAGCCAGGCUGUGACUCUGCUCUGCAACACAACAGUGGAGGCCUUACCUCCACCCCUGCGAGCAGACAUCUUCCAGGUGGAGGCCAGCUCCACGGUUAUCAUUUCAUCCGACCUGUUCAGCGAGGAGAAUGGCCAGAUCAAGUAUUACGGUGUCGUUGCUACUACUAAUGAUUCAUUGCUGAGGCCCACCCAGGAAAUCAUGUCCAGCACAUGGUACGACCACUAUUACGGGACAGAGGACUCCUACCUGGCUGUGCUAAUCCCCAAUCCCUUCCAUCCGAGCCCCAGGAGCUCCCCCGAAACCUGGCGAGUGCCAGUGGGAACAGAGGAGUGCGGCCAGUCCAGGGCAACGUGCAACGGGAAGCUGAAAGCCAACGAACAGUACAGCUGCUGGAUCCGGUGCAGAUGCAACUCCACUCUCCAUGCCAAUAAUCGCUGGAAUCAUCGUGGGAUUUCUCUUGACACUUGCAGCUGUUUUUGCUUUGGUCUACUGGAAACAGCUCAGAGCAAAGAGAAUCAAGAAGAGCAGCCUGCCCCAGGAAAUGGUGACCUACAGCUUGAGGUACUGCAGGUCUCAAGGCUGGGCUGUCUCAUUGGCCACCUGACUGGCCUGCCAGACCUCCCAAUAGCUAAGGCAAGUUUUCCUCUGGACUUCAUUUCAUGCAGAAACGUCCAUCGGCCAAUUCCCAUACAGAACUUCAAGCAGUACUAUGAGAUGAAGAGAGCAAGUGCUAACCACGCUUUUUUCCAGGAGUUUGAGGAGCUGAAGGAAGUUGGGAAGGAGCAGCCAAAGGUGGAGGCUGAGCUACCAGCGAAUGUCUCCAAGAACAGAUAUCCCCAUGUGCUGCCCUAUGAUCACUCUCGGGUCAAGCUAAGCCAACUGGGGGAGGAUCCACACUCAGACUACAUCAAUGCCAACUUCAUUCCUGGCUAUACAUCCCAGCAGGAGUUCAUUGCCACCCAGGGGCCCCUGAAGAAAACGAUAGAGGACUUCUGGAGGCUGGUGUGGGAGCAGAAUGUCUGCAACAUCAUCAUGCUGACAGUGUGCAUGGAGAACGGGCGGGUUCUCUGUGAUCACUACUGGCCAUCUGAAUCUGCCCCAGUCUCCUACGGGCAGGUCUGGGUGCACCUGCUGUCACAGAGCAGCUCCGAGGAGUGGACCAUGCGCGAGUUCAAACUGUGGCACGAGGGUCUCCGGGUAGAGCGGCAUGUGUCCCACCUGCACUACACAGCAUGGCCCGACCACGGGAUCCCAGAGUCCACAGCUUCCAUUAUGACCUUCAGAGAGCUGGUCCGGGAGCAUAUUCAGAGCACCAAGGAUGCGGGGCCAACCCUCGUGCACUGCAGCGCGGGGGUGGGCCGCACCGGCACCUUCAUUGCACUGGACCGGCUGCUGCAGCAGAUGAAGCAGGAGAAGGUUGUGGACACGUUUGGUGUUGUUUACACCUUGCGGAUGAACCGUUACCUGAUGAUUCAGACACUGUCCCAGUAUAUUUUCCUGCACAGCUGUAUCCUGGACAAGAUCUUAGAGGAACCACUUCUGGGUUUGUCAGGGACGGAGAGGUCCUGCCCCAUCCCACUGAAAAGCUUUGCUCAGCACUAUGCCCAGAAGGCGGCCAAGUCCCGUGUGGGCUUCCUGAGGGAGUACGAGGCCCUCCUAGAGGCUGUCAAGGAAGAAGCCAGCUCUGCAACGUCAUCUUCAGCCAACCAGCAGACACAUCCUUCUUCCAGCAUCCUCCCCUAUGAUCGCUCCAGAGUGAAGUUUUCCCUCCUGGAACAGGGUGCUUUCUCAGGUCUCCUGCAGGUGUGGCGUGUCCUGGGCUGCAGCUCCAGCAGGGAGUAUCUGGCUGUCCAGGGGCCUGACAAGUUGACCAUGGAGGACUUCUGGACCCUGGUGUGGGAACAGGAUAUUCACACCAUCCUAACACUUCUCCCAUGGCAGGAGAAGGGAGAGGUCCCAAGUGAAGCGUGCUGGCCCCUGGAAGGAGACUCUCUCUGCACAAAGACGCUGACCAUCCAGUGUGGCACAGAGAAGCUUGUCUCCGGAUGGAGGUGUAUCCAGCUCAAAAUAAAACACGAGAAGAAAGCAAAGGAGAGGCAGGUACAGCAGUUCCUAUACACGCUCUGGAGCAGCAAGAAACAGCCAGAUGUCCAGAGCCUGGUGGAGCUCCUCACAACUGUCAGACGGUGCAUGCCCUACCGAAAGAGAGCCGGUCCUCUCCUGCUGCACUGCAGCGGUGGCAUGAGCCAAAUGGGGAUGCUGAUCUCCUUGGAUUGCCUGUUGCACCAGAUGAAAACGGAGAGAAUUGUGGAUGUCUACGGGGUGACCCUCCAGCUGGCAAGAAGCUGCUGUCUCAUGACCCCGACUCUGGACCAGUACGUGUUCCUGUACACCUGCAUCCAGGACAUCAUUGCUCAGAAACAGCCCUAACACGGCUCGGCGCUUCCUGGCACCGUCCUGCCCUCCGCCUCCGCGGGGCCCCAUCCGGAGCCAGGAGCUGGGGUGAGAGCACCGUGGGCCUCCUGGCAGAGAGCAUGCCCUGCAGUGUGGGGGGACCCACCCCAGCGCUGCCACCAACGCCUCCCACACGCCGUUAGCAGCGAUGUGGGGUCUCCUGAGCUGUCCUGCCAUGCACUGCUGCAGCCCCGCGGUGCAGACACGGUGAGGGGCUGGGCAGAAUGUUCCCCUGCUUUGACCAUCUCCUGGGAUUCCUGGUGCCUGGAAGGUUUGUUAACCCCACUGCAGUAGGCAGCACCAGCUGUGGGGGCCGUGCCCCUCAGCACAGAAGGGGCAGCCCUGGGCUCGCUCCCGGACAGCCCCGGCACCUACAGGCUGCUCGGGUCUGACACGAGUGCUGGGCACCACGGUCUCUGUGUGACCACAGGCAUGAGGCGCGCUGAGGACUCGGACACCGCUGUGGAGCGCGGUGGGAGCUGGCUUGUCUCCGCUGGUGGAUCAGUCUUAGGUACAAACAAUAAACAGCCCUA